AUAAAGGUACACCAGAACCUUUUAGAUAUGUAUUGCUUUGUGUAAUUUUGCAUUAUGUGUUUUAUGUGUCAUCGCCUGUAUGCUGAGCUCUGUCCUUGUGUACGUUUUAAUCUGCAAGAUCAAAGUGAUGUUUAAUAUCGCAUGGCCAUGUCGAAGUUUUACAGUCCACCAUUGCUGAUGAUACAUUUGAUUUGAGUCUAAAUUAUAUUUUAAAUCCCUCAUUUAUGACUAAGAUAUACCGGUAAUGGAAAUUAUAAGUGAAUCGUUCAAUACAAAUCUGAAAGGAAAAUCUAACAUUUUACAAAACUUCAUGGCGUAUGAACAAAGAAAAGCUAUAAUAAAAAGAAUAGGAUAAUGCAUAUAAACCAGCUGAGGUUGUGACAUCGACUUGUGAUAAUAUCCCGUCAGUCAUCAAUGACUGUGUCCUCAGUUCUUGGAUACAAGUGUCUUGGGGCCUGACACGAGGUAAAAUAAAUAAAUUGUUAAAGUUAUUUUCACUUUUAUACAUUUUAUUUUCAUUUGAGCAAACCCAAAGCAACUCCCAUAAAGACUCCGCAGUGUUUGCUUGUUCUCUCUGUGUGAGCAACUCUCAGCGUCAGGGUGGACGUGAUAUUUCAAACAGCACAUCAGUGCGUUUAUGUAUUGGGUGCCCGGAAUUUUUUCCAAAUAAACACAGCUUGAUUCGACCUGGGUGGGCAGACUUAUCAAGCGACUAAUUCUAUAAACAGAUGAGGAAAUAACCCACCACCUCAUUGGUUGUUGGGAAAAGAGGGGGAACAUAAGGGAGUUUCAGUGCAAUGAAAUUUUAAUUAAUGUGGGUGGGCUGAGAACACCACCGACUGUUUAUGAUGGACAAUUUAUUUCCCAGUGCAAAGUCAACACAACACAGCAAACGUAAAACAAUUAUUAACAUUUUUCUGGGGUCCUCAUGAGGCUGGGGAGUCAGUCGGUGGAGGAGAGCAGCUCCGGGAGACGGCUCAACUUUACCCAGGACACACUCCAGCCUCCCCGGCGUCAUGACGCUCUACCACGGCCGCCUGCCCUCUCUAGGAGUGCCAUCUUCGGCUCUGAGUCUCUCCGGUGCUUCGCUCAUUUACCUGUAUGGAGGGGACAGCGCAGGGGUCGUGCCCGCUGCCUUGAGUUUCCUGCCGGCCCGCCAGGAGCCCCCGCAGAAGCCCCCCUACAGCUACAUCGCGCUCAUCGCCAUGGCCAUCAAGAGCGCGCCGGAGCAGCGCGCCACGCUCAGCGGCAUCUACCAGUUCAUCAUGGACCGCUUCCCCUUUUACCACGACAACAAGCAGGGCUGGCAGAACUCCAUCCGGCACAACCUGUCGCUGAAUGACUGCUUCAUCAAGGUACCCAGGGAGAAAGGCCGGCCCGGGAAAGGCAGCUACUGGACUCUGGACACAAAGUGCCUGGAUAUGUUUGAGAAUGGCAACUACCGUCGGAGGAAGAGGAAGGCGAAGAGUCAGCAGGAUGCCAUGGAAUCCAAAGCCGGUGGACACAAACGUACCAAGGGCCCGGGGCCAUCCAGGGACCCCCAGUCCUCCCAUAAACACCGGACUGGCCCGGGGAUAGCGGAGGAUCCAGCGAGGCACCAUGCAGAGAGAGUGGAGACACAACCUGACACAAAAGCGGUGCUGGUUGAGCUGAACCAGGCUGAGCUGUCACAGCACCCCCCCAAACUGAGACCUAAUGGGUCCCCCGACAGAGACGCUCUUGCAUGCACCGGAAGGAAGCUGGACGCCCCUCAGCCUGGGACUUGUCCCGCUCCAAGACAUGCUGCCUGGUGGAUGUACGGCGAGCCAGAGGGAAGCCUGUCAGCGGUCAGCGGGAGAGGAGAGGAGAGGAGCCCGAUCUGCGCCGUCUGGAGCGCAGGCACCACAGUCCCGGCUGCAGUAGCACAGGACAGACCCAGAGAAACGGUACCGAGCAGGGACAAAUCGAAAGGUUUCAGCAUCGAGAGCAUCUUAUCGAAAAGUGAAGACCAAGUGCGCGGAAGCAUCCUCGAUUUGUCCGCGGACACGUGCGCAGAGCGUGGAAGUCCCGCGUUCAGUUCUUCCGUUGUGCUCGGCACGCGACCACAUCAGCUGUACCACAUGGGAUUCCCCUUCUGCUCCUACCUGUCACUCACAUACCCCGACAAAGUGCUGCAUCUGAAAUGAAUAUCAGUAAAGAAUAUUGAGCGUUAGGACUGGGCCUGUGAUGCACUCAGCACAAUGUGAGAAUAAACAUUUAAUAUUCAGAUAUAGUUUUUCAUCAUACUGCUUUGAUUUGAAUUCCAUGUGCCACAACGUUUAGGAUAGUUACAAAAAAAAGAUUAUUUAA